AUGAGCUGUAUAAAGAAAUAAAUUCAUAGUUAAACUGAAACAACACAGCAGUGGGAGGAUGAGCCCUAGUGUCCUCCUCCAUUUCUUAACUUGCAUAACUAAUGAGCCAUAAACCUUGGAUAAAUUGAGCAGGACUGGCGACUGCUGCUCAGAUUUGCACAUGCUAGCUUGCUGUCCACAGUGUAGGCUAACAGGAUAAAGGGAUUAUAUACUGUAUGUUGAUUAAUUGUAUCAAUUAUUACUAAAAAAAACAUGUUGGAAAUGCUUGAAUACAGCCACUAUCAGGUGCAGUCCCAUCUGGAGAAUCCCACCAAGUACCACAUCCAGCAGGCCCAGAGGCAGCAGGUGAGGCAGUAUCUGUCCACCACACUGGGUGGUAAAGCCGGAAACCAGUGCCCCAGCCAGCCACCCGAGCACGGCAUGCCACCCGGGCCCGGCAGCAGCGCCCCCAACAGUCCCAUGGCCCUGCUCACCCUCAGCUCCAACUGUGAGAAAGAAAUGGAUGAUGUCAUUGAUGAUAUUAUUAGCUUGGAGUCAAGUUACAAUGAAGAUGUUCUUGGACUUAUGGACCCAGGACUCCAAAUGAAUAACCAGCUUCCUGUGUCUGGAAACCUUCUUGAUGUUUACGGCAACCAAGGACUUCCACUCCCGGGCCUUGCCAUCAGCAACUCCUGCCCCCCCAACAUUAAGAGGGAAUACACAGUUACUCCAGCUCCAGGCAUGAAGCAAGUACUGGACAAGUCUGACACGUGUAGCCUGUAUGAAAACUAUCAAAGGCAAGAGGGCUUUCCAGUAGAGGCUGAAGUCCGUGCUCUUGCUAAAGAGAGACAGAAGAAAGACAACCACAACUUAAUUGAGCGAAGACGGAGAUUCAACAUCAAUGAUCGCAUCAAAGAACUGGGGACCUUGAUACCCAAGUCAAAUGAUCCAGACAUGCGCUGGAAUAAGGGCACCAUUCUCAAAGCCUCAGUGGACUAUAUCAGGAGGCUACAGCGGGAGCAGCAGAGAGCCAAGGAGCUUGAGUGCAGACAGAGGAAACUGGAGCACGCAAACCGCCAUCUGAUGCUUCGUAUACAGGAGUUGGAGAUCCAGGCCCGUGCUCAUGGUAUUUCAGUGGUGUCUUCCCCAACUGUCUGCACAUCGGAAUUGAUGGGCCGAGCCAUUAAACAGGAGCCCGUCCUCGGCGACUGCCCCGCAGAUCUCUACCAGCAUAGCUCGGCUCCUGAUAUGUCCCCGCCGACCACACUAGACCUUAAUAAUGGCACCAUCACCUUCGACCAGAUGCCUACAGAUGCCAGGGACCCCGGUCCCUACGGAACCUCCAGGACCUGUAAAAUGAAGGACCUGGUAAGGGACACCCUGUCGCCAAUGUCCCCAGGUGAUCCCCUGCUGUCCUCGAUGUCCCCGGAUGGCUCCAACCACGGUAGCAGCCACCACAGUUCCAGCUCUAGUAUGGAGGAGAAGGAUCAUGGCUGUUAGCAUUCUGACACUUUGUAUCUGUAGCAUCCCAUCAAUGUGGCACUCACCUUUAAGUGACUUAAACAUAUCCACAUGACUAAGUGGAUAAACUCUAUUAUAAACUCUAUUUUUGUCUUGAUUCCA